AUGACUUCACGCGAAAAAUUUUAUGAGUGUUUUUAUAAAAUAGUUAAUGAAAAAAAUAAUAAUUCAGUUUAUUUAUCGACAGUUAAGUAUAACAAAAUAGUUUCGGAAAUUAAAAAUGUGAGAUCAAGUGGAAUAAAAAGUAACAAGACAUAUCGAAUUUUGAAAAGAUACGACCUCAUUACUAUUGGAGAAGAAGAUAAAUUAAUAUUGCCGUUGUUGGAAAGUAAUACAAACAUUGUGUACUAUAUUACUAAUGAAAAUAUCUAUGAUGUGCUACACGAUAUACAUUUGAGUAUUGGGCAUGGUGGAAAACACCGCAUGAAUGCUGAAGUUAAAAAAAAGUAUAAAAAUAUAACACAAGAAGCAGUGUCUAUUUACUUAAAGUUUUGCGAAUCGUGUCAAUCUAAACUUUGUAUAAUCUGUACCAUUUUAAGUGUUUGA